GAUUGCAUACGUCCAGUUAUUUCCAUAUUUUCCCACAAUGGGUGGCAAGUUUAAACUGUUAACAAUUUUAGGAGCAAUUUUAACACAUUGUAGUGUGGUUAGUGCUGACUCGUACAAUGUGGUGGUUGGUACAGACGAACAUGUUAAUUUAGUUGACAGUAGAUUCUUAAGUUUUACAAUAGACCCGAAAUAUUUGUUUUCGUCCAGUCAAAAGUAUAAUAGUAAAGAAUGCAUCUGCAUGGCGACCUCCCUAACGCCUGCAUACAUCCGCAUAGCUGGUCCUUCCACCUCCCGCAUGAGCUUCAGGAACACCACCAUAGCGAUAGAAGAGGCGCAGCCGAGGAAACUUACCCUGGGCCACUUGUACAGCGAGGAAGAUGAUGCAGAUUCGAGCUACAGAACAAAUCUGGCAGUAGCCCACAACAAAUGGGAGAAGUUCGUCCAGUGGGCCAAGAGCACUGGCUUCGACCUGGUGUUCGCGCUCAACAACCAGGACAAGACAGCUGCUGGCAUGUGGGAUCCCAACACUGCGCUGAAGAUCCUCACCAUGGCGGACAAUGCCAACAUCGGGAACAUGUUCUGGCAACUGGGCUAUGAAUGCCAAAACCAAUCCAUCGAGGAGUACCUGAACGAUCUCGAGACGCUCCGAGUGAUCAUAGAGACGUUUCCAGCUGGCAAGGCGGGGGGGUGGCGGGUGGUGGGGGGUGACGUCACACCUUGCUUGCAAGCGGACUCCAAGAGCGACUUCAAGGAUUACGUCACUCUCUCCAAUGAUAUGAUGGACGCUAUAUUGUUGAAUGGCAAUUCAUCUUCGCAAGAGCUAGAGCGCAUGUCAGAGAAGGACCGCUACAAGCUGCUCAAGCUGCUCAGCACCAGCGACACCCCGCUCUGGCUGACUGAGCACAGCCAUUUGACCAGCGAGCUGGAGCGCGCUGCUGAUUGGAUGACCAGCCUCGGCUACUCCGCGAGGAAUGGCUUCUCGGUGCAUUAUCGCGAGCUGAAGGAGAAGGAGCUAUACGAACCUACUUUGAGUUUCUAUAUGGCCUUGCUCUUCAAGAACCUAGUAGGGGAACGAGUCCUGAACGUAGACAUCGAAGCGUCGCAAGCCAUUUUGUUUGCGCACUGUACAUCGCUGCGUCGUAAACCAGUUCCCGGUGCGGUGAGCUUCUAUGGUGCGAACAUGGACGACGAACCAGCCAGAUUCUCCAUCAAGAUGUCUAAGAAGGAACAGGGCGGGGAUAUUAUGCAGUUCAUUCUGGGACACGAUCGCAACGGGAACAUAAUCGUAAACGGUCGAGCCAUGUAUCACGAAGGUGAUAUGCGUCCAGUGGUAAAACGCGUCCGUCCAUACAAAACUCUUCUAAUCAAUCUCCCGCCAAAAUCUUUUGGAUUUUGGGUACUUGCCAAUACUAAAGUACAAGCUUGUUUUGACGUUGACAGCAAAAAUACAGACACACCCAUUGAAAGUAUCUCUGUUAUAGAUGAUGAUGACGAUGAAGAGGAAAAUUUUAUAAAAACUAAGCGUGCCUUAAACAGAAAGAUUAGGGACGUACAUGAUUCCAUUGGUUAUGAAGUAUCUGUUGAUGGAUAUGAAGAAGUUGAAUUAGGAGAAGAAAAUAAAGCUUUUAAAGAAGGAAUAGAUCAACUAAAUCAAGAUUUGAAAGAAACUCUACAAAGGAUUCAUCUUUUAAAUACUAAUAAGACAACCGUGAAACGUUCUGCACGCCAAACUUCAGACGACGAAGAACAAACAGGCAGAAAACAAACAAAACUUAAAAAACAUAGGCACAAAUUCCGACACGGCUUUGAUAACGAAGCGUUCAAAAACAGACUGUUAGACAAGUUUGCAAAAAUCACAAAAGAUCAUCAUCCAACAUCUAGAAAUGUUAAGUUAAAAAGAUCACGCGGUUUCAAAAGAAGUUCCAGAGUCAAGUCGAAAAGGAAUUUGAAUGACGAAACUAUUAAAAUGCUUCCAAAACAUGAUAAUAAAAGGAAAAAAAUGGAAAACAACGAAACACCAACUAAAAAUAUAGAAGUCAAGAAAGAAAAUUCAGAAGAAAAGGUCAGAAAUCGUAGAAGCGUCAAUCCAGAGAAAGCAAAAUAUGAAGAUGAGGAAACAUCAGAAAAUGAAAUUGACGUAGAGGAAAAAGAAUCGUUUAAACUUGAUAAAAUUUUACAUAACCUAAAGCAAUUAAGUGAUUUAGAACUUCAGGAAAAGGGUGAAAAUAAUAAUAAUGGAAAACAAGAAUCUAAUGACGGGAUAGUUUUAAAAACGAAGCUGACAGCGGAUGGCGCUGUAAUAGACAUCAGUGAGAAAUCUCAUACUGGUCUUCUUAAAUCUACGCUUGAAGAAAUUUUGUCUUUGUUGGCUGAUUUCAAUAAAAAUAUCAACCGGUUUUGGACAGCGAUGACAAUAUUAGAGUAAGAAAUAAAAAAGUAAUUAGAAAAUAUAAGUAACAUUACUCUGUUACCCCCUUCGAAUACUGAACGCAUUUUCCUAUCUUAUUUAGAGCAUAAAUUAUUUUUUGUGUGUUAAGGUGACUAUCCAAUAACAUUUAAGACGUUUCAGACGUUCCAUAAGGGUAUAAAAUACAAUUUCAUUUUGUAAUUUUAAAAUAUUUAAAUGACAUUGUGUUUUAAGAGUGAGUUUGUGAGUGGAGUCAGUUAAAAAUUUAAGUUAAGUAUAUACUUGUAAUUACUUAUUAUUAUUAGUGAUAUUUUGUAAAUAAAUAUAGUCUUAAUUA